AUGAAUAGACAGGAUCUGAAAAACGCUCUGAGAGGAGCAAUUUUUGACUCAGAUGAUGCGCAAAUUGCGAUCAUCUCAGCUGAUAUCGUUGCUUCAAAUAAAGACAAAUGCAAACGGUUUUGCAAGGUUCUUACUAAUAUUUUUAAUUGCAAAGAGAAUUUGUUUUCAGCGAAGAUCCAAGCGUUGAAAAUUACCCGAUCAAUCGCAACCGGCAAUAACCCAGGGUUUACUUAUUACUUGGAAAGGAAACUUAUGCCUAUAUUUAAAGACGUCCUUUUUAGCAAGGUAUUUUUCACAUAGGAACUUCAAAACAUCAUAAGUUUGAAACAAAGAAACAGAGACCUUGACCUCAGCCAGAAGACUGAAGCCCAAUUUUACCAACUUCUGCACGAGUGCAUCACUGAGUGGGCUAAAAAUUUUGGGAAAAAUAAAAAAGGCAAAGACAAUAUUUUCUCUAAACUCAGCUUUGCGGCUGAACCACUCUUUGAACACUUUUCGAAGCAAGAAGUUUUCAAAAUUUCUAGCCACUAUGACAAUUAUAAAGAGCUGAUCAAUACAGUCAUAGGACUUAUGAAUCGAAACGGUGACGUCUUAGAAAUAACUAACUCCCCUCCUCCGUGAGUGAACAAAACGAUUAGAAAAAUCCCUAUUUUUUCCCCAAAAACCAACCCUCCAUGAGCGAACAAAAAUUUUUAUGGAUUUUUUUUUUUGACAUAUAAGUGAUAAUUAGCAUAAUGAAAUCUCUAGCUAAUUCUGUUUAAUUUUAAAUAAAUUGCGUUUUAAAACAUAAAUUUUACAAUUUAAAUUAAUAUUAUUGCUUCCCAAUUUCUGGGAAUUAGGAUUUUUUAAAUUUCGAAAUAAAAAAAUUUUCUAUAAAAUUUAAAUAUAAAUUUUUUUAAAAAAAAAAUUAAACCCCUCUGUGAGGGAACAAGAUAUUUUUGUUCGCUCACGGAGGGGGGAUUAAGCAAAUCAAGCUCAUUAAGUCGUCAAGAAAUGAGCUCAAAGCAAAGUUUGACCAAGUGACAGAACAAAACAUAAGCUCUCAUAUAAGAAUUAUAGAUGAGCUUAAUGAAGUGUGUAAACAGUAUAACCAAUGAAAAAAGACUAUAAAUAAUCAUAGAAAAUUGUCGACGCCUGAUAAUGAUACUUCAGAUAGCAGAGCUGAUACUGAAGAGGCUGACAUGACUAGUACAUUAAUUAGGCCACAGAAAGUUAAAAAUGCAGUUCCUGACCCAAAACCGAAGCCAGCUCCUAGAUGUGAUAGCCCGAUUGACUAUGAUGGGAAAAUCACUGAUGACUUUGAGCAAGACCCAAAAGGUCACUAUAAUAUGGUUCCAGAAAUUGAUCUUGGAUAUGAUCCAGAAUGUGAAGACUGAAAAGAGCUUGUAAGAAUUACUUACUCUCAUAUAUUAAAGAAUUUUUUGUCCCCAUUAUAAUUUUUGGGAUAUCUUAUGCGGAUUUUCUCCUUUUAAAAUGUAAGAAUUUUUAUAAAAAGCGCUGUAGAUUUAAUAUUUAUGUACUACCUCGCUUGUGAGAGCUUUCAUAGAUAAAAAAUUUCGCAGAGCCCGGACCGACUUAGUCUUGAUCGCUAAUGCAUCAACUUCCACCCUCACUUGACUCCGAAGACGGCUGUCCUUUCGGAACUCAAACUUAGAGCCUAAGCCGGUCUGUGCCCUAAAGGUCCCAGCUUCUGCUGCCCGGGGUGGCUCCUCACAUUAAGAAAAUUUCAUUUUUGAGAUAUUCGGGCAGUUGUGCUUUAAUAUGCAAGAGAAUUAUUGGUUGGGAGAUCAUAAAAAUUUCGAACAACUCCAUAUUUUAAUUUUAAAGUUUUUAUAUUCAAUAAAAAUAUUCGAUUAUAAGCCCUAACUCCCCCGGGCGAGCAAAAAAAUUUGGUUUGCUCACGAAUUUGGGUUAAUUUUAUUUUCAAAACGUUUAUUAAUAAAUUUUUUUUAAAAAUUUUAAAAUUUCGUAAACAUUAAUUUAAUUUGUAAAAAAUAUUUAUAUUAAAAACAUUUUGCUUAUUUCUAAUAGUUUUGUUCGCUCAAGGAGGGGGAGUAAGAAAAAAUUAAAACUUUAGUUAUUAAAAAAAAUUUUGUUUGCACUAUUAAAGGCUAUUUGUUUAGGUUUAUUUUUAUUAAAUAAAGAAAAAGAGUUAGAAUAAAGAUUAUAUCAGAAUAAAAGACAAACUCAAAGAAAGGAAAAAAUUCCUUACUCCCCCCGUUUAAAUUGGAACAUAAUAUUGGUAAAAUUUCUCUUUCUGGUACUUUAAAUUUAUAUAUAUUUUAUUCUUAUAUAAAAAAUAAUAAUUUCUAUUAUAUCAAAUUUAAUUUUAAUGAAUGAAAAUUUGACCUCUAGCUUCUUCUGUUUCAAAAGGAGGAGUGUAAAUAUAAAUCUAUUCAAAUAUAGUGAGUAAUAAUGAACAGAAAGGGCUUUCUUGGCUUGCGGCAAGCCAAAAAAAGCCCCGUGCUGUUCAUCCUAACUAGCAAUAAAUUAAUUUUUUAAAUCGAUAAAUUAUUUUUAUUUGUAAACUUUCUUAAAACGAUUGAAAAUUUCAUAUAAUUUUAUUUCACAAAAAUUUAGAUUAGAGGAUGCUCCUUUUAUAAGAGGUUGGGAGUUAAACAAACUCUCAAAGAAAAUGCUAAAUUGCAGAAGUACAACGAACAACUGACAGUUCAGCUCAGCCAAAAUAAAAAAGAACUCCAAGAAGCAGUAAAUAUUGCAAAGUCCAUUAAAAAAGAAAAAAAAGAAAUAAAAAACCAAGAAAAAGCCUUCCAAAGUGUUAUUGAUGAAGCUAUAAAAACCAAUGAAAACUUGGAAAAUGAACUAAAAUCACUCAAAAACAAAUACAAAGAAGAAACCAAAGCUCAUAAACGCAAAGACGAUGAGCUGAAACUAUUAGCAGAAACAAAUGAACUGCUUGAUAAAAAGCUGACUUUAUAUAUAAAAAAUGAAAUGAAACUGAUUAAAGAAAUAGAAGAUCUCAAAGCUAGCUCUAAAGAAAGUUCUUCAGCGCGUCAUAGAAGAUGCAUGACUAUUUCAAAUCCUAGUCAGCCUGCUAAUUCAGAUGCUCCAAGCCCUGAUAAUAUCCAAUCUCAGCGCAGUACCGAUAAAAAAUUUUUUUCGCAGCAAGAUGAGUCACAGUUAAGCUUUUAUUCUGUUGAGAACCCUAUAUUCCAGAAGAAAAACACUGUAAACAAUUAG